AUGAGUGACAAAAUAUCCCGUACCGGUGUUUGGUGGAUUCAUCCAGUAUCAAACCAAAUAUGUGACGGACGAAGAGCCACCAUUUCACAGGAUCAUUCGAAACUGGAUUCUAUCACAAUUGCAGAAGCAAUAAAGCCACUGGUUGAGGCUGACUCCUCCUUAAAGGUAAAAUCGGUUAUAGCAGAAGUGCAAUCGAAGUUCAACUACACCAUGAGCUACCGGAAAGCAUGGUUGGAUAAGCAAAGGGCAGUAGAAAAAAUAUUUGGAGGUUGGGAAGUCUCUUAUGAGGCGUUGCCUAUAUGGUUUGAGGCCAUGUGUCACAAGGAGCCAUCUGCUGUUGUCCAUUUUGAAACUAUGCCUACAUAUCAAGGCGAUGACUUGAUGGGUGAUAUUCGGGUACUGCAUCGUGUAUUUUGGAGUUAUUACCCUUGUAUUAGGGCAUUCAGACAUUAUAAGCCAAUUGUCCAGGUGGAUGGGACUCACUUGUAUGGAAUGUAUAAGGGUUGUCUGCUUGUGGCAGUUUCACAGGAUGGCAAUAACAAUAUCGUCCCAAUUGCAUUUGCUAUUGUGGAGGGAGAGACUUCUGAUGCAUGGCAUUUUUUUCUUAGUAACCUGCGUCAAUAUGUUGUAACUCGGGAUGGUGUCGGUCUAAUAUCCGACAGGCACGAGUCCAUCAAUGCAGCUGUGGAACGUAGUAACGGAGCUUGGUCACCGCCUAGAGCUUUUCAUAUGUUUUGCAUCAGGCAUAUAGAGUCAAAUUUUUUGAGAAAGUUCAAGGCCCCGUACCUCCAAAAAUUGGUCGUCAACAUUGGAUAUUCGAGGAUGGUGCGGGAGUACGAAAUGCGUUACCAGCGGUUACGGGAACGUGGCGAGGCGUACACAAACUGGUUAAACUGA